AUGGUAUUUCCUCGGGCGCAUCAUGUCCUCCACCCGCAUAGGUCUACAACACUCUUCCCUCGGCUGUCCUACCAUGUGCUGGCCUGCAGAGGAUACUGUGUGUUGAGCAGCUCAAGGUCGCUAAUCUGUGGCCCACACCAUGUAGUCAGCCGAUUGGAGCCAAGAUGGACGCCUAGUAUCCAACACAGCUACCCAGUACCCCCAUCCCCCCACAUCACUACUCUCACCAAAUACUCAGACGUAUCCACCCAAAAAUACAACCUCAUCUACUCCUUACCUCACAUCAAACUCCUGAGAGCGGUCUCCAGACUCAAACUGAUCCAAACCGGAAUCACCAUGCUCUUACUCCCGCCCGUCUACUACAUGUAUUCCCAAGGAGAUGCUUCGUACCUACUGGUUAGCUACAGCACGGGGAUAGCGGCGUUCGCCYCCGUCAUGCUCUACUCGGCUAGUCACUACCUGAGACGCGUCGUCGGGAUGAUGUACCUGGAUGAGUCCCAGACGACGCUGAAAGUGUCUCACCUGACGUUCUGGGGACGCAGGAAGGACGUGUAUCUGCCUGUGACAGACGUUAUGACUCUGGGGGACACCGGGGACUCCAUAGGGGAGACUAUAUUGAGGUUGAAGCGAUAUAGUAGUUCUGAGACGCUGUACUUCUCGACUAGACUGGGACGUGUGGUGGAUAGGCAGGCCUUUGAGAAAGUGUUUGGGACUUUGAUUUGAUGUUUUUAUAGGGCUUUUCAGAGCCAAACCAAGCUGUACUGAGCCAAACCAAGCUGUACUGAGCCAAACAGAGCCCAGCCAAGCUGUACUGCCGAACAGAGCCCAGCCAAGCAUCCAUUAUAGUUCCUGGAACUGUGCUGAAAAGAUCUGAGCCAGCACAGUUAGGUCCGGGUUGACACAGUGGUGUGAAAAGGGUAUUUUAUGUUGUGAGCAUUUAACAUGUUGUAUAUUCAGCAGCUAAAGAGAUGACUACCUACAUGUACUGCAGUCUGUUCUGUCCCAUUUCUUGACUACUGUGUGUGACCAAAAGAAACAGUGACAUUUGUGUUGGACAGCU